GGGCGUCGCGUCGGCCGGUGGCCCGGAAAACAUGAGCUGUUCCAACCUUCCUCUGAGCCACAGGCAGAGGGAGCUGUGUCGUAAGAAACCUUUUCUGUUGCCGAGCAUCCAGGACGGAGCUCGACUCGCUAUCGACGAGUGUCAGAGUCAGUUCAGACACGAGAGGUGGAACUGCUCUGUCAGCCGGCGCCCUCCAGUGUUCGGACACGAGUUAACCAGUGGAACCAAAGAAACAGCGUUUAUUCAUGCGGUGAUGGCGGCGGGGCUGGUCCACGCCAUCACACGCUCCUGCAGUCAGGGAAACAUGACGGAGUGCGGCUGCGACGCUCGGCUGCAGGGUGGCGGCUCGGUGGCGGAGCGCUGGCACUGGGGCGGCUGCUCGGAUCACAUCCAGUACGGAACCUGGUUCAGUCGCAGGUUCAUCGACGAUGCUGCCAAAAACACGUCGACAAGCAGAGGAGGAUACACGCUGGUGACCAUGAACCAGCACAACACGGAGGCCGGACGCCAGGCGAUUGACAGGACGAUGUUGACAGAAUGUCGAUGUCACGGUGUUUCCGGUUCCUGUGCGGUGAAGACAUGUUGGAGGACGAUGGCGGCGUUCGAACGUGUCGGAGUUUAUCUGAAAGAGCAGUACGAGCACAGCGUUCAAGUGUCGGACCGCUCGAAGAGGAAGAUGAGGAGGAAGGACCAGCGUCUCCUUCCCGUUGACAAACACCAGCUCAUCUUCUUCAACAAGUCUCCCAACUACUGCCUGGAAGACCAGCGCCGCGGCAUCACCGGCACUAGAGGGCGCCACUGCAACCGGACGUCCGCCGGACCGGACGGCUGCAACCUGCUGUGCUGUGGCCGUGGAUACAACACGCAUGUUGUACGACACGUCCAACGCUGCGAGUGCAAGUUCGUAUGGUGCUGCUAUGUCCGCUGCAGGCGCUGCGAGAGCAUGAACGACAUGCACACCUGUAAGUAAAGAAAUCACACCUGAGGACAAUCAUCAAGUUUCAAACUUGUGAAGAAAUCACACCUGAGGAGAAAAUCUCUCCUCGAGUCUCGAGACCAGCUCGUCUGGAUCUUUAUGUUUUUAUGAGAAACAAACUGAUGCAUGAUAAAAAAAAACAAAUCAAAUGUAUAAGUAUCUGAUUUUCUUUCAGUAAAUGUUUGUUUAUAUAAAAUAAUCACCUUUCGUUUUCUUGAUUUUAGGAACAAACUGUCAAGUUGUAUACGAUUUAAAGUUUAAGAAUUAAAAAAAAGUCACGACAUUUAAAAUGAAACAACUCGCACAUAAAAGAAAGUUCCAACAAAUCAAUUCAAUCAAUUUUAUUCAGUUUAAUACAAUCAGAUAUAAUAAUCAGUAAACUGUCAGCACGAGCUGCUGAUGUGACGCUUCACGUUUUCAUUUUGUCUUUAACAUCUUCGGGACGUUAGAUCAUCGUCCAAGUGAAAACAGGAAGUAGAAUCAGAGGAAGUCAUGUUAUCAGAGACGUUUGACCCACAGACUGAAUAAAGACGGCCGACUGUAAAGUGUAUGCCCUCUGGUGUCUGGCUCCAGAAGAAACCUCCUCCUCCAUGUUAUCAGAUGGGACAUGGAAAGUAGACGUUAAAUAA